GAUUGAUUGCUAUCCAUGACAGAACUAAGACCCAGUUCUGGACAAGUUCUCUUGACGAGAUCCGCGCACCGGUUGGGUUUCUUAGUGCGCAUUCGAUGUACGCAUAACUUUGAGAAACACUUCCUGUGCCUCCAGCUGAUGGACUCGUUGCCGUUCAGCCACCUAAACGGUGAUUUGGACCAUGAGACCUUGGUGUCAGAUGUGAUGUAUGAGCUGAUAGAUGAUGUAACACUUGGUCUCUGCUUUGAAGUUCACAGGGCCUGUAAAAAUGGCACCCUUUUUCUUGGGGACACAGACCCAAAGUCACAAAGAGAACAUGAGCUGGUUGAUAGAGCAGGAGUGGACGUCUUUGGACACGUUCCCACAAAGAAACAGUUUGAGUGCGUGUGUCCCAACUGUCAAAGAAACCUUGCCGCUUCUCGUUUUGCCCCUCACCUUGAAAAAUGUAUGGGAAUGGGAAGAAACAGUUCCCGUAUCGCCAAUAGGCGACAGGCAGCCAUGGCCAAAGAAAAUGAAUCAAGUCGAAUGUCUGUUCUGGGGGAUGACAGCGCAGAUGAUGACAAUGACUUAGACUGGAGUUACCAUGUUGACAGAAAAAUUAAGAAAUUGAAAAAGGACAAGAGUACCCAUUCUCCAAGACGGAACAAAUUUAACAGAUUCCACAAGAAUGGUGACUCCAGUUCGGACAGAUCUGCGACCCCUGAACCUGGUCUCUCCUACGAACACCUGUCUCAAGAGGAAAGAAAACAGAUUUUAGUGAAUACUUGCGGAGUUAUAUCGGAGCACACCAAGAAAAUGUGUGCCAAAUCUCAAAAAUGUCACCAACAUACUGAUGAUCAAAGGGUGAAAGUUCGGCAGUACUUAUUGGGACAGUCAAUGGUGGUGGACGAGGAUACGACGAUUGACAUUGACAGCCUGGAUGAUGUGGACAGCAGCCAGUCCCUGAGGGACAACCUGUGGGAGGGGGGCUCCAACGCUUCCUCCCCCGCAGACUCCACCUCAACUAACAAUAGUACAGGAUCAAAAAAGAGGAAUGGACCCAAAAGUGCAAAACUAAAAAAAAAGAAGAGUAGGUAUGGCAGUGAUCCGAGGUCCAGCCCAUUUGAUUUUGACUGAGUGAUUGUUUAUAUGUACCAGGAACAUAAGAUCAACAUUGUUAGGGAAUGUUUUAUGAUGAAGACUUUGUUGUUAUUCCGUUGUUAUUUGUUUUCAAUAAAUCAUUUGUUUUCAAAAGUGUUGAAAACUUCAUAUAAA